AUGGCACUUGAUCAGUUGAAAGGAGUCGAUCCGCAGGUUGUACUCUUGGCUUAUAGAUUGAAGAUCGAAGCACUUUCUCAGAUCCCAUCCUACGCUAAGUUCCUUAACAAAAUUCUUUCAAAGAAAAGAAGGUUGAAAGAAUGUGAAACUAUUGCUCUUACAGAGGAAUGCAGUGCCAUAUUGCAAAACAAGCUGCCACUAAAGCUCAAGGAUCUAGGAAGCUUCUCCAUACCUUGUCUUAUUGGCUACAUGAAUAUAGACAAGGCACUAUAUGAUCUAGGUGCAAGUGUAAGUCUGAUGCCUCUAUCAAUAUGUGAAAAGCUAGAUGUAGGAGAGCUCAAACGCAUAACAAUUUCACUGCAAUUGGCUGAUCGAUCUAUAAAGUACCCAAUUGGCAUCCUAGAAAACAUCCCCAUCAAGGUAGGAAAAUUCUUCAUUCCUAUUGAUUUUGUUGUCUUGAAGAUGGAAGAGGAUGUCCAAAUUCCUAUCAUAUUGGGAAAACCUUUCUUGGCAACCGCUGGAGCUAUCAUAGAUGUUAAGAAUGGGCGGUUAUCUCUCAAGGUAGGAGAUGAAAAAGUGAAAUUCAAUCUGUUCAGAGUAAUAAAACAUAAACUUGAACUUGAUGAAUGCUUAAGGGUUGACAUAAUUGAUAAGCUAGUUGAAGAGAAAUUUUAUAAAAGACAUCCUGAAGAUCCUCCUAAAGUAUGUACAGUGCACAACCACACAACAGAUAAUAAAAACACAAAAAUUGCAGUUUGUGCACAAUCUUUAAAAGCUAGCCCAUCCUUACCCUUAGCUCAAGCUUUCCAUGUGGAAGAGCUAAAGGAGGAGCAGCCCAAAAGCAAGUCACAAGAAGACACCAAAUAG